GUAUCGCCAAUGGAGAAACUCAACCACGUCCGCAUGGAAUUGUCCCUAAACUUCGACCAGCCGUCUCAAGGACCUAUGUUGAGCGCCCCAAUAUCCAAGGCUUUCUCACCGAAAAGCUCCUCCCAUCUGACAGGUCCAGAGUACAACCUCGCUGUGUACUUCAUGGGCUUGGAGGUAGCGGAAAGACACAAGUGGCAUCAUGGUGGAUUGACACAAAUAAGGAACAGUGAGUCACUUGGUGGACCCUUACGUACAAUAUUGAGAUUUGUUAGGUUUACCAAUAUCAUAUUUAUCGACGCAAGCAGUCAAAAGCAGAUCGAGGCAGAUCUGGAAGUUGCGAUUCGGUCGGUUGGUCCAGAGUGGAGCGAAGGGACAUGGGAGCAUGCAGUAGCCUAUCUGUGUAUUCAAAAUGGAUGGCUACUGUUUUUCGACAAUGCAGACAAGUCAGAUCUCCGAUUGGACGACUACCUGCCCAACUCGAUAAACGGAACAAUCCUCAUCACAACGCGGAAUCGGGAGUGUGCGAGCUAUGCUCCAGAUAACGACAUGCAAGUCGGAGAACUAUCGGAAAAGGAAGCGGUCGAACUCCUACACAAAGUCGCCAAUGUCCAUCCAUCAUCGAAUGACAAAUCUAUAGCCAUUGUGAAGGAACUGGGGUUGUUGGCUCUUGCAGUCACUCAAGCAGGCGCAUAUAUUUUCAAGACUCGGCAACUCGAUAGGUACUUGGGUAUCUUUCGGAAGCAUCGAGGGAAGCUUAUGCGAGAAGCAUCCCUUAAAGGAAGAAACUACGAUGGAUCGACGUAUACUGCGUUCGAUCUAUCAUUCCGACUACUCCCUGGGAAAUCGCAAGAGUUUAUGAAGAUUUGCGCAUUUCUUCACCAUUUUCGCAUCCCACAAGCUCUCUUCGAGAAAUCAAUCACUAAUGGGUUUCGUCCUGAGUUUGAUAUAGAAGGGUAUCCGCCUAUGGCAGAAAUGGAGACCCUUAUAUCAAGUCUUAAGGAUACGUUUGGAUCGGGGUGGGACGAUCAUGUAUUCAACAAGUUGGUCGAACCAAUCUUUCAAGGCUCAUUGAUCGAUGCAAUCACCAAUCAAGAUGAACAAACAUUUUAUAACAUUCAUCCACUCGUUCAAACAUAUGUUCAAGACGGCCUUGUUGUAACCAAGCCAGACCACUGUGCGUUUUCAGCUGGACAGUUACUUGUCGGAGGGGCGCGACACUCAGAGGGCAGCAACGAGUGGGACCGGGAGUUGCUGCCUCAUAUAGACAACUUGCCGGCAAGUAUCAAAGAGGCACAUAUUUCCUAUGCAGGGACAUUUGCCGGGGUCUAUGACUCAACUGGGAAGUGGAACACCAGCCUUGCUCUGUGGAGAUAUUGUGACGCGAAGUGUAUGAAGAAGUUUGAGCAGCACAAGGCCUUAGCGUUAUCGAUCAAAGACUGCCUCGGAAGGGCACUCUCACAAUGUGGGGAAUGGAGAGAAGCCGAGAAGACUCGGCGACAGGUCCUAGAACUUCGAACUGAGGUUCUAGGACCACGGCAUCCCGGUACGAUCGUCGCAAUGAACAACCUCGCAUGGACACUCGGUGACCGUGGUCAACUAGAAGAAGCCGAGAAGAUUCAGCGACAGGUCCUAGAACUUCGAACUGAG